AGAAACGUUAUUACUACACCAGUCCAUUUUUAAUCACAUACAUUUGUAAAAUGAACGUAUAUGGUAUGUUUACUAAUAACCCUUUCCACCAUUUUUGACCCAUGAGGCUCAUGGGAAAAAAACAAAACAAGUGGGUAUUUUGUUGCGAGCCGGUCCCAUUUUGCUGAUGCACUUGACCAGUCAGCUAGGUUAGCAACAAUAGCAUCAGCGGGCCAUAACAGCGAAACUGCAGAGUUGUAAAUAACACCUGCUUGUUUCCGUUCAACUGCUUUUUUCUCAAUUUGUCGUUCGGUCAUGUUAGCCUUCUACUAAUUAUAACGCGUAUCUAUGUCCAUUCAUUGCCGUUUCUCCGUAAUUGGAGUGUAACGUUAGCUACCGUUCGCAAAUGUGCUACAAUUUAAAAAAAAAAAUCGUGAGCUAGCAUUGUUUAUCGUUCCCUAAUGCGCCGCGAGUGAAGGUGCAAGUCCAACUUCAACCGCUUCUUAAUAAUAUUUAACCAAGAAAGUGCAUCAGCAACAUCGUUCGUUGAAUGAUCACAGGCCCCGGGGAUGGCUGCAGCCGGGCCGAGUACAUCCAGAAAGGGUGCCAUCGAUCUCUACUCUGACGCCAAUCCAAACGACGAGGAUUUUGACAGAAUUGACGAUCUGUUUGACGAGGCCGUGCUUCCGGAUUCAGUUGAUAAGGAUGAGGACAUGACUUCAAAUGCAAAUGCUGGAAGGAAAACGCCAACAACGGCGGAGAAUGACGGAGAUAAUGUCAAGACGGGCUUAAAGGAGCGUAACUCGCCGGAAAAAUUCCCUUUAUACGUAGGACCUUUUUCCUGGUGGACAUCUGACGAAGACGUCUUGUCUGUGGCCCAAAGGUUAGACGUAAGGGAUAUCGAGGAGAUCAAAUUUGCAGAGAACAAAGCAAAUGGCCAAUCAAGAGGUUACGCAAAGUUGGUGGUGACUUCAGGAAGGUCCGCAAAAAUAUUGUUGGAUAAAAUACCAAAAUGUACGAUGGAUGGGGAAAAAAUAGACUGCCGCCUUGCUACUCAGAAAAACUUAACUGUGUUCGAGUAUGUUGCAAACAAACGCUUCCCAAUGCGCAGUAAUUCCAGGGACUGCGAUUUGCUGGAGAGUAUGCCAGUUUCCCGGAACAACAACCCUCCUCAAAGUAUACCCACUCACUUCACGCCGCAUCCCCUCGGCAACACAUUUCCCUCACAUUCCAGCCCUUUCCUCGGCCAGCCACCACCUCCCUUCCCACCUGUGCCCCCCAACAUCCUCCCGCCUCCUUUGUUUCCUCCUCAUCUUUUCAACGCUCUGAGACAGCCGUCUCCAAGUCUGCAUAUCAAUCCAGCCUACAUCUCCCCACCACAAGAAAGACGCAGCAGCCAUCCUUACAAUAUGCAAAAGGGAGACAGAGAUUAUGAGGAGCUGUUGAACAGAAAUAGGGCUGUGGCUAGCAGCGCCAUUACCAAGGCCGUGACCGGCGCAACAACCGGAGACCUGCGGGUAGCCAUGGAAACGCUGUUAACGGCAAUCGCCAUCAUUAAGCAGUCCAGAAUAUACGCAGAUAAGCGCUGCCAAGCCCUGGUCACCUCCCUCAAAGACUGCCUGGUGUCCAUCCAGGGAGACUCUGGCCACAGGAGUAGCAGUCAUUCUGACACCCGGGUACGAGAUCGGGAGCGGGAAAGGGAGCGCCACAGAGAGGAGUUGCCGAGUUGGGAAGCAGCCGGAACAUCCCGGAGGCACAGGGAACGUUCCCGGAGUCGUGAGAGGGAAAGGGAGCGCUUGCGGGACAGGCACAGGGAUCAGAGAGACCGCUACCGCUGACUCGGUAAGAUUGUAUCGUCACAGCUUCGUGGUCCACUUUCACAUCGCAACACUUAAAACGUCACAUCCAAGCCAGAGGAGACUCCCUGAUGAUGCUGUUUGUUAGUAUUUCUCUCACAAUACCCUUUCACUUCUUUCUUCUUUUAAGACCAUGUUGAUUGCAGAUCUCAUUGACAAACUGGUACGCCUACUUUCUGGGGUCUACUCAUAAUUCGAUAACUAAUACUAGAACAAGGGCAUUUGUUUUUAAUCGGCACUACUCUUAAAAAGGAGGAAUAUUCAACUGGAAUUUCAGGAUGAAGCUAAAAUGCAUGUAAUUAAUUUUAGAAUGUUCAACUGUUCAUAGUAUUAGUAUUAGUUUUACAACUCGCUGACCUCUAACAAGGAUGGCAAAAUCCUUACAAGGUGUCUGAUCCUUGAAUGGAUCAAUGGUCAGUGUAGGUUUUUUGCUUUGAAAUUUGAUUUCAUGAUUGGAAAUUAAAAAACAAAAAAACAUUGGAUUUCAGUCUUCCCUAGUCUCAAAUAUUGUCUUUACUACAUAUUUAAUUUUUUAAAGCCUAUUGUACAAUUUCUUGAUUUGAUUUGUAAAUUAAGUAUUUUAAAGCCUAAAUAUGGCUAAGUAAACAAAAAAUAUCAAUACAGUAGUAGUAUUGGCAACGAGAGGAGAGUACUUCUAUCAGAGUGCGUGGUUUAGUAUUGUUUCUACUGAUUGGCUCAGCCUCAGGCAGCAUUACUAUAUUGCAUUAAAAGAGUAUAAAUGUAACUAAUGGGUGUUAAUGUCUAGAGGGCUUUGAUGUUGAAAAAUGUAUCUUGAAAGUCAAAACAUUUUUUAUACUCUACUAAUAAAAUAUUUGAUUGUUAAAUUAUCCAAACUUUGUGGAAAAUAAUUUAUCUCGGAUCCACUUAACAGCCAUAAACGGGGGAUGACUAUUUAAAUUUCAUUUUGGGAAAGAAAAAAUAUUAAUUCGGAGGGAAAAAGCGUUUUUCUAUUCCAGUGCCAGAGCAAUAACAAAAUGUAAAAAUGCGUAAUUUUACAUAUUUAUUUAUAAAAAAAUUAUAUCGGCAUAAAACUGACCAAAAACUUUUUUAUAUAUAUAUAUUUUGACACCAGAACUGGAAGUUGGUCAUCACAAAUGAGACCAUGGACCGGCCUGUAGGGAAAAAACCAGUUUGACGUAUUGUUUGUCCAAAAGAUCAUGGAUCAAUAUUUAUAUAUAUUUUUUUAUAUAUUAACGCGGGAUACAGUUAAGGCUAUGAUUGAUUGUUUACUUUGAUUAGGACAAAAAACUUUGAUUUAUUUUCUGUUGCUUUGAAUAAAUUUAGUGUUCGGAACUUUAAAAUCUGCACAGCCGCUGCAAUCGAGCGCAUGUCUGAGCAGCGGUGUGUGAGUACUGCCACAUGUGUGGCGGAAGAUUAUUUUUUAUCAAUGUCCGCGUGCAAAAAGUAUGUUUCAUCCCUACAGGCCAGUCCGUAUGCAAUCUUGUCUUUAAAUAGCAAACUCUGGUGUUGGAAAACAUGUUUUUGGUAUUUAUUUAUUUUUUGUUUCUGCCAGCUGUUUAUUGAAAUUUUUGUUAUGAUAUAUAAAAUUACAUGUUUUUUACGCCUAUUGAUUGCGCGACCCUGAAAAUGAACACUGUUUUUCAGUUACUGUAUACUUCAAAAUGAAAUUCAAAUAAACCAAUUGUUUUUUGUUUUAUUCAUGGAAUGAACAUUUUAUUACCAAAACAUACACUGACCAUCAAUAAAUGUCCUGCUUUAAUUAGAAUUUGAAUCUAAAAAGGUCUCCAUCAUAUUGUUGACCUUUUUGACAUAAUACCAAAAUCAUACCUAAUUGAUCAACAGCUUGAUAGAGGAUAUUCUUACAGUCCAUGGAAGUGGACCCUGAGCCUAGUGUCAUCAGCAUAUCCUGUGAGACUGGAGGUGCCUUUCUGUAAUAAAUGUAUUGAUCCAUACAUAUCUCACACACCUGUUACUACCGUUCAGCUCCUUCUUAGAGAACAGCAAGUUAUGUAAAAAAAUGUAGUAGUGAAACAUUUGGACUUAGAAAAUUCAUGCUUCACCUGUAAAGGUUAUACUGCUUUUCAGCUUCAUCCUGUAUUUAAUAUCCCUAACUAUUUGUGAGUAGUGUACGUCAUAAGUUCCUUGAAAUUAUUUAAAUGUAAAAAUGCCACCAAUGAUUAGUUUUGAGAACACUUGUGUAACGUGCUUUCACAAAGUAAUCGGACAACUUCAAUUUUGGUCACAUUUAUGUUGCAUACUUAAAGUUGUAAGCAUGAUUUUUCUUUAAAACCAAAUAACUAGACCUAAUAAAACAAAAUAUGUAUUUAACUUUUUUUGCAAUCUUUGCAACGACUUAAAAUUUAACUCACCCAGCCGUUUUAUCAUGUUUACACUUUGCAUGGAGUUAAAUCCAGUUCAUAGGUAUCGCACAAAUAAUGUGAAAAAAAUUGAUUGAUGUCUGAAUACUUUCUCUUUAUUUUCUGUAAUACGUUCUCAAAUGUUUUUAGAAAAUAUACCUUUCCCCCUCUAGGCACUGCUGUCGAAGUGUUCAGGGGAGUUUUCUUUUUAGUUUCUGCACAAACUUGUAAAUAGACUUAAAAUGUUGAGUCUCUAAUUGUUUGUCAACCCUUCAUAGAAUAUGUUGUGUGUAUGUUCAUUCAGAUUCCAAUCAUACCUGCCAAUAUUUACAUUUGAAAAUACCCAAACACCCUGCAGACUACAACGCACCGACGUUUGUGCCGCUCCAACAAUGCCCAAGUUUAUUGUUUUUUGGUGUGGAAGUAAAACACACACAAAUGGGAGGACGGCAGGUCAAAAUACAGAAAAAAUAGGAUUGUUGCCAAGUAUGAUUAGAAUCCUUGCAUGUGCAAAGACCUGCAAAUGUAUAUAACAUGUCAUGUUCAUCAUUCUUUUGGAAUAUAAAACAUCCCUAAAAUGUACCCAUGUUUUUUUUUUCUUUCUCAGUUCUAAUUACUUUUUGGUUUGCUCUUUAGUAGGGAGUGGCAACCCAUAGUUUUACCGAAAACUCAUAAUUUUGAAUGAUACUUUUCCACAAAAGAAAAUGUAAUUGACUUUGAUAUACAACUGACUUACACAGAAAUAAAUGUGACAUUUACCAGCUUUAUUCAGAAAAACAAUAUUUCAAUGUGUAUACUGUAGUUAAAGCAACAUUCUUGUCAUUUGACAUCAAAAUAAAAAUAAGUCAUGUCUACACGCCAAACAUA